AUGACAAGACGAUACUCCCAACUAUGCACUCUGAUACUAGUAGCGAUAGUGGUUUUGGUUGAUGCCUGGAUCGCUCCAAGUAGCUUUGAAUUCCACCGAGGAAGAUUGGUGUUGGGAGCCAAGAAGGACGAUGGCAAGGGUGGAUACAAAUUUGGAGACCUGACCAGAGCACUGGGGAGAAAAGUGACAGGAGAUCAGAAUUAUCAGUUUGGAGACAUAUCCAAGAGAUUGGACAAACGAGCGAAAGAUGAUGUUAGCAAGCUCACUGGGAAACAGGGAUACAAAUUUGGAGACCUCAGUCGGUGGGCUGAUUCUCAGGUCAAGGAAAAAGCGGCCAAUUUUACGGGCAAAGCAAACUAUCAAGUGGGAGAUAUUUCCAAGGAAGUAGUACGCAAAGUUUGGGCAGGAGAAUAUGAUUUGGAAAAUGUGGUAUUGAUGAUUCGAGUACUCUUGCAAAUGGGAGCAAGUUUCACGCCCAUUGCUCGACUGCUUCCAGUAAAGGUUCUGCUGGAACUUCUAAACGUUGGCUUGGCUCAAGAUGUUGGAUCCAAAGUUAUGGGAGGAGUUGCUACGUCACUAGAUGAAAGAUUCAAGGAGGCCGUCACUGGCGAUUCCAAUUACAAGUUGGGAGACAAGAGCAAGGAACAACUCUCAAGUGCCUUGGCCAAGUUUACAGGCAAGGACUCGUAUUCAUUUGGUGAUAUCUCGCAAGCUGUGUCGUCCCGGGUAUCGGAAAUGGAAAAGAGUGAUGGCAAGGGUGCCACAGCAGGAAACAAAGCCUCGGCAGAACCAUUGUUAGAGCUGAUGAACGACGAAGCAUUGAAAGAAUGGGAUCGAAAGCUUUACGAGUCAAACAACAAGAAGGGCAGCUAG